AUGGCCGAUCAAUUCAAAUCGCGAACGCUCAAGCGCAAAAAUGUCAAAGGUCUUGCCUUGAACUCAGCUCCGAAGCCUGCCGCCAAUCCGUCCGAUGGAGUUGCUCAGGCUCCUGGAGCUGUCGGAAACAGCGAAGGCACCCGCACGGAUACACUGGAGAUUGGAUUGGAGUUCAGGUUGGACCUUCGCAGUGAAGACCUGGUUACCCUGAAGGAACUUGGUGCCGGAAAUGGCGGAACUGUGUCAAAGGUUAUGCAUGCUUCGACCAAGGUCGUCAUGGCCCGAAAGAUCAUCCGUGUCGAUGCCAAAGAGAACGUGCGGAAACAGAUUAUUCGAGAGUUACAGGUCGGCCAUGAUUGUAAUUCGCCUAACAUCGUGACUUUUUACGGAGCCUUUCAAAACGAAGCAAGAGAUAUUGUGUUAUGCAUGGAAUACAUGGACUGUGGUUCGCUCGACCGUAUCUCUAAAGACUUUGGUCCGAUCCGUGUGGACGUUCUUGGCAAGAUUACCGAGUCUGUCCUAGCAGGCUUGGUGUAUCUCUACGAAGCUCAUCGUAUCAUGCACCGUGAUAUCAAACCUUCGAACGUCCUUGUGAACUCUCGCGGCAACAUCAAACUCUGUGAUUUUGGAGUCGCAACUGAGACAGUCAACUCCAUCGCUGACACUUUCGUUGGUACUUCCACUUAUAUGGCCCCGGAACGUAUCCAAGGAGGUGCAUAUACUGUGCGCUCAGAUGUCUGGAGUGUAGGCUUGACGGUCAUGGAACUGGCUGUCGGUCGGUUCCCGUUCGAUACUUCGGACUCGAUGGCUGGAGACCGUGCUAGCGCGGGGCCAAUGGGUAUCCUGGAUCUCUUGCAGCAAAUCGUCCAUGAGCCUGCUCCCAAGUUGCCCAAGAGUGACGCUUUCCCACCUGUUUUGCAUGAAUUUGUCGCCAAAUGCCUACUCAAGAAACCAGAGGAACGACCGACGCCUCUGGAGCUAUACGAGAAGGAUGCGUUCCUACAGGCCGCUAAGCGAACUCCCGUUGACCUCCAAGAUUGGGCCAUCAGCAUGAUGGAACGGCACAACCGCAAAUCCUAUUUAGCCCCUCCGGCACCGAAAUCAUUGAAGGAGGAAACUUCUUCACCAGCUCCGAAACCCGCAGUCACCAAGCCCUCUCGUCCCUCGGUUGGAGAAAUCCCUCUCAACGUCGUCCGCGAUAUCCCUUCCAGCCAACAGCGACAGCAAUACCAACAAUCACACUACCCUCAGCAACCUCAACAACCCCAACAGUCUCAGCAAUCCCAUCACCAACAUGUACCCUCAAACCCAUCCCAUUACCCUGUUAGAUCGACUCGUUCUCCCCCAAUCUCUCUCGAGCAUCUUUCUCUUGAGAAUAAACCGGAUGAGUUCCGCCCGACCCGUCGCCCGUCCCGAACUCCCCUAGGUGACUCAAGUUCUACCCUAGAUCCCUCUCUGCGGUCUUCGCUCGGCUCUCGCUCAGCAAGCUCGCACAAUCCUACCUCACGAAUGCCUUUGCAAAACACAGCCCUACCUUUCCGCAUGGCCCCGUCGCCUGCGGGAAAUCAGCCGCCUUCCAGCAACGGAACCUGGCAGCGUCAACCACAUCCCAUGCGUGGGGACCACUUGACACGAGCCCUCUAA